CACCUAUCUUCGAAUCUCAGUGGCUGACACUCCUGAGGUACCCAUCUUUGCAGGUAUAUCUCGAAGUACCACCAUCGUGAUCGCCUAUGUGAUGACGGUGACUGGACUAGGCUGGCGGGAAGUGCUUGAAGCCAUCAAGGCCACCCGGCCCAUCGCCAACCCAAACCCAGGCUUUAGGCAGCAGCUUGAGGAGUUUGGCUGGGGAAACUCCCAAAAGCUUCGCCGGCAGCUGGAGGAGCGCUUCGGGGACAGCCCUUUUCGGGACGAGGAGGACUUGCGCACGCUGCUCCCUCUCUGCAAGCGCUGUCGCCAGGGCUCGGCGACCUCGGCCGCGUCGGCCACGUCGGCCACAGCGCCCUCGGCUUCCGAGGGGACCCUGCAGCGCCUGGUGCCGCGAUCGCCGCGGGACGCCCACCGGCCGCUGCCGCUGCUGGCGCGCGUCAAGCAGACUUUCUCCUGCCUCCCGAGGUGCCUGUCGCGCAAGGGCGACAAGUGAGCGCCGCCGCGCCUGCCGCUCCGCCCCGUCUUGACGCCGCAGCCUUCUCGGGCGGCUAGGGCUUCCCUCGGGCGGCUAGGGCUUCCCACGGCCGGCCGGGAUGCAGCCAGAGCCCGUGGGAACCUAGCCCCUGCCCCGUGCCCAUCACGCUUGUCUGCGUCCGUCCUCGGUGUCCCCUCUGUGAGUCUGUGUUCGGCCGGCCUGCUGCAAGCCACCUGGUGCCUUAGUCCUUGAGCUCUGGAGAGGGGUCCUGGGCCUCCACCCCGACGGGACGGGCGAGGAGCAGGACCGGCCUGGCGGACCGGCCUGGAGGACCGGCCUGGAGGAGAUUAAAGAGACACAGAAGUU